UCGCAUCAAGCGAAUGUCGUAUUAUUUUCAUUAAAAUGUUCAGUUUCGUUGUAAAAUAAAUUAAAAAUGUGUUUCUUUUCAUUUGCAAGUUGUUUGUCUUAAAUUUAAUUCAUUUCGCGUCCAUCGCAGCGCUUUGCGAUGGACGUGCCGGAUGAGAACGUGUUGGAUGUGGACCUACUGGGUGAAGAGGGCUCCGAGGAGGAAGGCGAAGCACCGCCGUCUGCAGGGGACUUCUACCCUGGCCCUGCAUCGACACCGACAUCCUGUGCGUCGUCGCCGCGCGGGGAGGAGCCGGCGUCUCCACAUGGCAGUACCGCUCAGCCUACGUUCUUCCACCAUCAGCCAUACCAUCGGCCCUUCUUUACAGCUGGACGCCGUGGCCCGGGCCGACCUCGUAAAGAUGGACCCAAGCUGGCCCGGGAAGGAAAGAUUGUACGGAGAUACAGAGGCAGUCCAGGUUCCCUGCGCGGGGCGAAGCGCCACCGCGGCAGCCGCGACGACGCUCUCGAAGAGAUGAUGGAUGAAGACGACUUCACCAUGCCGGCCCCUGAAGAGCCACCUUACAUGCCUGAGAAAUGGCCAGGCAAAGUGUGCGCGUUAUGCAACCUGAGCGAGCGCAGUCAGCUCGGCCAGGGCGAGAUGCGUCAGUUCCUAUGCAACAUCCCGGGCUCUGCGCCCAGCUCCGCCCCCAGCUCGGCUCCAAGCUCGGGCGCGCCCACGCCCAACUCAACGCCCACGACGCCCGGCCCCGCCGGCCUGGCCUCGCCGCCGCCGGAGCUGCAAGAUGCUAGCCAUCAUCCCCUAGGACUGCCACUUAGCCGGCGCCAGAAAGCUUUUAAUAAGUGCAAAACACCUCUCUACAAUAUGGAGCAUACAGACGAGCUCUCUAUCAUCGGCCAUGUGGAAGCUCUGGAACUUUCUGGAGUGGUAUCGUCGGGAGCAUUCUACGUUCACCGAUUCUGUCUGGAGUUUACUCCGCCGUUCCAAGACCAGGUUGUGGCCGGGGAUGGCGAGGAUAAGGAGCAGUUAGAGGAAGCCAGGGUCAAGGGGAUCGUGACCGCUGGACUGCUCAGGAAAUGUGCCUUUUGUACCAGACAUGGUGCUAGCAUUCCUUGUAAGAUGAGUUGCAGUAAAUACUUUCACCUGCCUUGCGUGUUGGCGUCAGGCGGCUUUAUCGACUUUCAAACCAAAUCGUCUUUCUGCAAGGAUCAUUUGUAUCAAGUGCCGUUAGUUUGUCCGGCGGACAUAGAGUGCCGCACGUGCCACACGCUGGGCGACCUGGCCAACCUGAUGACGUGCGUGUCGUGCGGCGCGCACCACCACGGCACGUGCGUGGGGCUGGCGCAGCUGCCCGGCGUGCGGGCCGGCUGGGCGUGCCGCGUGUGCCGCGUCUGCCAGGUGUGCCGCUCGGACACGGCGGGUGGCGCGGGCGGGCCGGGCGCGGCGCCGGCGUCAACGGACGCGCGCGUCGUGUCCUGCGAGCACUGCGACAAGCUGUACCACGCCGCCUGCCUGCGACCCGUCAUGGCCACCGUACCCAAGUACGGCUGGAAAUGCAAGUGCUGCCGCGUGUGCUCGGACUGCGGCGCGCGGUCGCCGGGCGCGGGCCCGUCGUCCCGCUGGCACGCGCACUACACGGUGUGCGACUCGUGCUACCAGCAGCGCAACAAGGGCUCCUGCUGCCCGCUGUGCCGCCGCGCCUACCGCGCCGCCGCCUACCGCGACAUGAUACGCUGCACCAUCUGCAAGAGGUACGUCCACGGCAUGUGCGACCCGGACGCGGACCCGGCGUCCUACCGGCUCAAGAAGGAGCAGACGCCGUCCUACGAGUACAACUGCCCCAUCUGCAAGGCUCACAUGCAGAUGGCCGGGAGUAAGUCCAGCUCUUUCGAAGACGACACCAUGGCAUCGAACUCUCAAGAUUCAUCGUUCGGUGACGAGAACUCCAACUCACAACAGGAACAAGACCCUCUAGCGAUAGAACCUAAGCCCGACGUAGGCCUCGGCAAAGGGAAGCCCUACACGGUGUCUUCAAAAGUCGCCAAGAAGAAAAUCAGCGGAUAUAAACUAAAAGGCGGUUUCCCCCCGGCGGGCAAACUAGGCUUCCAGAAGCGUCAGCGCUCUGCCCUCGACUUCGGCCGCAAGCGGGGCACCAAGCCUAAGAUGCGGGGGGUGUUUGGGGUGCCCGGGCUAGGGCUCCAGAGGCCGCAGGCGCCUGACAACAAGACACCCGAGGAUGAUCCUAGCGUGGAAAACAAGCUGGUGCUAUGUUCGAGCAAGGACAAGUUCGUGCUGACGCAGGACCUGUGCGUGAUGUGCGGCGCCAUCGGCACCGACUCCGAGGGCUGCCUCAUUGCGUGCGCGCAGUGCGGGCAGACAUACCACCCCUACUGUGUCAAUAUCAAGGUUUCCCAAGUAAUAGUGACCCUCGGGUGGCGCUGCCUGGACUGCACGGUGUGCGAAGGCUGCGGGUCUCGCGGGGACGAAGCGUUGCUGGUGCUGUGCGACGACUGCGACACCAGCUGGCACACGUACUGCGCGCGGCCGCGGCUGGCCGACGUGCCGCGCUCCGCCUGGCGCUGCGAGCGCUGCCGCCGCUGCCUCACCUGCGGCACCAGGGACACUUGCGGCUGGAGUGACAACUAUACAGAAUGCGCGCCGUGCGCGUCACUAGUGAUGUGUUGCGUGUGCAACGAGCCGUACUCGGACGGCGAGCUGAUCAUCCAGUGCGAGCCGUGCCGCCGCUGGCUGCACGCCUCCUGCGACUCCAUCCGCAGCGAGAGUGAUGCCGACACCUGCUGCCGCGCCGGGUACAAGUGCGUGUCGUGCCGCGGGCGCGAGGUGCCGCCGCCGCACCUGGCGCGCGCGCUGGAGGCCGCGCCCGCGCCGCCGCCGCGCCCGGCGCCGCGCCCCACGCCGCAGUCGCUGGGGCUGGGCGGCGAGUACUACGUCGACGACGUCUGCCUCUCCCAGCACGGCGCGCAUCACAUGAAGCAGCUCGAAGCCGAGAUGGGGAUCACGCACCAGAGGAGGAAGCGGAGGUUCAAGAACGAAAAUAACGAGAAAGAUGCUGUGGUUCAGAACGCAGACGAGACGGGUGACGAGACCAAACCGGAUAGCACCGCCGAGGUCAAGGAAGAACCGGGUACCGCAAGUUCGAACCUCAAGGAAGGCGUGCUAUGGAACGUCGCUAACGACGGCCCGGCGCCCGAGGGCUUCACCAUAUACACCACAGAGUCGGGGCUGACGGUGCUUCGGAGGAAGAGGCAAAGGAAUCUGAACAAGCUAGGCAUCGGCGGGUUUGUGGUGCGACAGAGACAGACAACGCUCAAAGCGCAGGCCGAUGAUGACAAGGACGGGGAUGGCACACAGGCUUCUGGAGAAUCCCCAAGCAACAAGCGCAAGCCACGCCGCAAGCCGCGUUCCAAGUUGAUGGAGCAGUUCCCCUCCUACAUGCAAGAGGCGUUCUUCGGAAAGGAGCUGCUUGAACCUGUCAAGCCCGCUGUCAGCUCUACAGGAAACCCUUCAGAGAGCCCCGGCGGCCCCAACCGCUCAUCAACUCCAGAGGGUUACCGCGAACUGCGCGACUUCAAACUGGACUUCGAAAACUCCGACAGUGAUGGCGAAGACGUGUUAGCUGCACUCACAGUCUUCAACGAUCAUGACCACACUAUUACUAUUAAUCUGAACCAGGACGAACUAGACCUCCUCAACUCAUUGAAACCUAAAGAUGAGAAAGACGAUUCUACUGACGGUACCAAGAUAAAGACGGAGGCAUUAGAAGACGGACAACUGAAGCAUACUGAGGACUCGACGGCUUUGAAGAACGCCAUACUAGGCCCCCAGCCACCUGAGGAUGCCCCGCCGGCGGCCACUGACAGUAUGCCCAAUGUUCACAGCGCUAAGACUGAGGCGAUUAGCAGUGAAACGGGAGGGUCGUCGCAAGCGUCGACAAUAUCCCCGAAGGACGAUCUAUCCCUGCUGGGCGUAAAUCUCGAUGCGAUGGUCCGAGAUUCUCUUCCCGACAUGGACAGCAACGAUGUUGACGAGAUAUUCAAGGGAGUUCUCACAGAUGAUUCGCAGGAAUCUCAAGAGUCGUCAGUGUCGUAUGUUGCCUCAAUGCCGGGCGCGUACCCGCAGCGGCAGCCGCUACAGAGCCCACAGAUGACAGGCGUCGACUACGCCUCGCCGUACCACUCUGACUUCGGGAACAGCAGCAACAGCGCGCUGAGCCCGCUGUUCGGCGAGUGCGGCGGCGGCGCCUGGGCCGGCCAGCCCGCCGCGCCGCCGCCCUCCUACAACCAGCGCAGCGCCGACAAGAUGCGCGCUGAUGAGAGCUUAGGCUCGGCAGCUACAAUAUCAGCUGUUCUGUACGCCAACACAAACCACCCGGAAUGGAAGACGGAGUUCCCCAACUGGGUGGACCGUUGCAAGCAGAUCCUCAAGAAAUGGCGCGCCUUACCCGUAGAACAGAAGGCUCCGUACCUUCAGCGUGCGAGGGAUAACAGAAGUGCGAUUCGCAUGAAGAAAGCGCAACAGGAGCAAGAACGCGCGUGCGGGCAACAGCGCAGCGCGCGCGAGGCCGAACAAGAGCGGCAGUGGAAGCAGCUGCAACAGAUGCGACAACAACAGACCCAACAACAACAACAGAUCAUACACGACCAGAGAAUGCAAGCAGCCAUGCAGCGGCUGCGCCCGGACGGCGUGGAGGCGGCCGAGGCGCCGCGCAGCGCCUUCCCGGCCCAGCGAUUCCCGCUGCACUACGCCAACAACGACGACAUCAACAGGCAACUUAGGGAUCUGUUGCAGAGGCAUCCAGAUAAGAUGUGGCAGCCGCAGAGCGCAACCGAGGACGGCACAGUGCAGGGCGUCAUGGAAGGCACGGCCUUCCGCCAGCCUCUGCCUGUCGCUAUGAGGCCGCGCGCGCCGCUUCAGCCCGGUCAGAGACCUGAUCAACCCAUGCUAAUGCAACAACGUUUAGUGACGGCUGACGGUACGCCGAUACAGCAGACGCAAGGGAAUCCCGCUGCUCAGGUUCAAGAGCAAAAACCAAACGUACCUCAACCACAUGCGGGCGUGGAACCGAAGCAAGAGUCGGAGCAUGGCACGGACGAAAUGGACAUGGGCGACAUGGACAAACUGGAACAAGAUCCCGGGAACAUUGGCGAGGUGGGCGACAUCCUAACGGGCCUCGGCGGCGAGGACGAUGAGGAGCUCCUGGAGUCGUUGACGGCUGAGAUUGGGGAACAGUUCAAUAUACUGGAGUACGCGGACCCUGAGUUAGCGGCGCUCAACGACGCCGAGCACAUCCUCGACGGACUCGAGCUGGCCGACAAGCUGCAACCCACAGACGACUCCGACCAUAAAGACAACAAGAUGGACACAGACCUUCAGAAGGCAGUGAGGAGUAUAGAGGCCAAGCCUGAGGUAAAGACUGAGAUGGAGGAUAAACCCGACCAGGAACCGAAGCAGGAACCUGCGCCCGGACAGAUGUUCGACGGCGUGCAGCGAGGGAUCACGCCUAACCAGCAGAUUGCUUUGCAGAACGCGAUGGCAGCCAUAAAGUCGGAGGUGAAGCUGGAAGGCGAGGAGGUGAAGCCGGGGCCCGAGUGGCGCGGCGCAGCGCGGCCCGCUUUUCCGCACCAGCGACUGCAGCCGCCGCAACAACAGGUGGCGGGUGCGCUGGGUGCGCGCGCGCAGUUCCCGGGCGCGGGCCCCCUGGCGCCCGCGCUGCAGCAGCGGCCGCAGGUGCAGUUCGCCUCGCAAGCGCAGCACAUGCACUUCGCGCAGGCCGCGAGCACAGUGAACACUCAAAGCAUAGUGAACGCGAUGACGGCCCAAGUGAACGCGGCGCUGGCCGCCGGCCGCGCCAUCGCGCCGGGCACGCGGCUCGUGGGCGCCGACGGCGCCGUCGGCGUCGUCAGGCAUGACCGAACCGUCGCUCUUGCUGCUCUGCCACACUCGGCGGGCGUGCCCCCCCCGCGCGCGCCGCCGCCGCCGCCGUACCCGGGCACGCUGCGGCCGCCGCAGCCGCCGCCGCCGCCCUACCCACAGAACGUAAAUCAGGAGCAACCGUUGCUUCUGGAGGAGCUCCUGGAGCAGGAGAAGCGCGAGCAGGAGCGCGAGGGCGGCGAGUGGGCGGCGCCGGCCGCGGCCGCGCCCCCCGCGGCGCCCGCGCCGCCCAGCAUCCCGCUGUACGCCGGCGUGGCGCCCGCCGCGCCGCCGCCGCCGCCCGAGCGCGCCGCCAGCGAGGCCGACCAGCACGCGCGCCUGCUGUACGAGCAAUGGCUCAAGCAGUACAACGCCUUCGCCACCGACCAGCUGCGCUACUACGAGGGUGAAGUGCAAAAACUCCGCAAGAUCCGCAAGUCGCUGAACAGCAAGCAGCGCCAGCUCCGCAAGUCUGGCAACGAACUGAUGCCAAACGACGCGGCCGAGCUGCAGCGCGUCUCUACCGAGCAACAGGCGCUGCAGAAACAUCUAGAAGCGGCGCGGAAGCAGGCUAGACAACAUAGCAUGCUUAUACAGGAAUACGAAACCAAACACCGUCAACAGAACCCACAGAUGGCUCAACAGACGGUCAUAAACCAACAACAAAUCACGACGAACCAGACAGUGUUCACGCAGAACCAGAAUCUCCAACAAUCUCAGCAGAUGCAACAACAGACUAUCAACAGACCGAUGCAACUAGGCUUACAAGGCACUGGCAUACAGCAACAACAGACUCUAAUACGAACACAACAAGUAAUAAACUCUGAUGGGCAACUGUCUCAGCAGAGGAUAGGGCUAGUGACAUCACCUCUGAAUGCUCAAGGCAGGAUCAUCCAGGGUGGUCGUACCCUUGUUAUUGAGCAGGCUGGAGCGCCACAACAGCAGCUCGUAAGACAGUUGUCAGGAGUACAAGAGAGACCACAGUCUGUGGGCGGCAUGGUGCAGUUCGGACAGCAACAGAUAGCGGGCGUGAGGAAUACCAUACCAGCUGGAAGUCAAACCCCGCGACCUCCAGGAGCGAGACCGGCAAUGUCGCCUCUACACGUGCAAUCUCCACACUCGCAAUCACCGUUACAUUCCUUAGCGCCGCAAUCCCCUCUCCACCAUCUGACUUCUCCCAUGCAGUCGCCACUGCAUUCUCAGCAGUCUCCCCUACAUCACACGUCACAGUCUCCCCUACAUCCGUCGACGCAGUCUCCGUUACACACGCAGCAGUCGCCGCUGCACUCGCAACAAUCACCAAUGCACGUCCAACAGACGAACUUACCCCAACAAAGUCCAAUGCAGCAUCCGCAGCAGAGCCCGAUGCACCCUCAGCAAAGUCCAAUGCAUCCGCAACAGAGCCCGAUGCAUCCACAGCAGAGUCCGAUGCAUCCCCAACAGAGUCCAAUGCACCAGUCUCCGCUCCAUGGACAACAGAAUCAGAUGUCGGCGCAGCAGUCGCCGAUGCAUCCUCAACAAAGCCCGAUGCACUCGCAACAGAGUCCGAUGCAUUUACAACAGAGUCCAAUGCACACACAACAGAGCCCGAUGCAUACACAACAGAGUCCAAUGCAGUCGUCGAUGUCGCCGCAGCACUUCUUGCAACAGCUGCAGGCGCAGAGAACGAGUCCUCAGUUGCCUACGCCUAGUCGCAGUCCACAGAUAUACCAGCAAUCGCAAAUUCAAAGUCCAGUGGCCUCACAUUCGCCGCAAAUGCAAAACACUGACUAUUCGACGGGCAGGUUCCCUCGGCCAGCGCCUGGGUGCUCGCCUUUGCCCAAUCGGUUUGCUAGACCUCCACAUCAUCAGCAAGGGAUGAGGGUAGGGGUACCUUUCGGCAGCCGUCAGCAGACGUCUCCACUCGGAAGUCCUCAACCUUUGCCUUCGCCUGGCAACCCUGCUAAUGAAAUGGCGCGCCAGCAGCUGUCGCGGCAGCAGUACAGCCCGAUGGGGCAGCCGGGCUCGCCCGCAGUGUGCCGCUCACCACACCGCCGCACGCCCAUUGCGUCGCCCAUCGCCUCGCCUGCGCCCACGCACGACCAUGGCGGCGGUGGCCAUCAUCAGCAUCAUAUGGCGCCUAUACCGCCCGGAUACAGAUACUUUAAAGCGGGUCUUUUCGGUGGCGCGCCCGUCUGGCCCAACAAGGACAACGAGGGCCGACGCCCCGCCCAUAUCAACAAGGUCUCAAUCCUGAAAAGACGUACCCCACCGCGACCGCGAUUCACCGGCAAAACCGCCGCUCCGACCACUUCCGACGAAAGAAGCACAGACGAAGGCGAAACUAGCGGAAAAUACGUACUCUACGCUUCUGAAGGAGUAGAAUACUCCUCGCCAACAGACGAAGCUCGCCUCACCUUCAAAGAUGACGACGAAGACAUGGAGGAAUACGUCGAACAUCUCGAUGACGAUGAUAUAGUAGUGGUGGAACCAGGUGCAAUAUCCCCUGAAGAACGAAUCGCUACCGAAGAAGAUUUUGAAGAAUUAAUAGAUAGCGGGAAACCUGAAGAUGAGGUGGAGGAGGAAGUAGCUCCAGUAGAGAAGCCGACUAGAACUGAGACUACUACUAAGACUGUUGCGGUUAUCAGUUUAGCCCCAGCGAAGCAACCGUCUUCUGUGCCGCCUAAUGUGCAACAAUACAAAAUUGCGCAAAGCACGACACUAUCACGUCUACCUAUGCUGAGCGCAACAGUCCUAUCCCCUCAUACCAAUACUAAAAUACUUAACGAAGUAUCCCAAGCGACUGUAGCGUCAGUGUCUAUAGCUAACCAAACUAUAUCUGUACCUGUGCUUAAAAGUCUUUCAGUGCCUAUCGCGAAUGUCGCCGGUCAUCCUGGCGCCGCGAAACAAAUAAAGAAAGUGCCUCUAAAUAUAACCAAUCCGCCUUUGACUAUUAACAUGUCAAGUACUCCAUCAUUAUCAAAACCAGUGAGUUCAGUGAUAAGUGUGAUCUCUUCCAACGUACCGAAGUCUUCGAUGAGUCCAGUGAUCACUCUAGCGACAUCAAACACAGUGGCGGGUACUUCUAGAGUCCCAGUCUCUAUUUUGACACAACAUCAAGUGAAACAGAAGAUAGUAAAAACUAUUGAAAAGCCCAUGGCACUGUCACUUUCAAACACUAAACUACAUAGUUUGUCUGUGAGCCAUGACGUAACGUUACCAGCAAAGAUAUUCCAAGAUGAAGCGGCGUCGCCCGAUAGCACGGUAACGUCAGAAAGUCAACAAGAAAAGGAUGCGCAACAUAUCCCGCUUCAACAAAUACAAAUACCUACUCAGGGCCCAUCGCACUUGGACCUGAAACCAAUAGUCAAAGACUCCAAAGAUAUCGAUAUAGAAACUGAGAUAAGUCAACAAACUGAGUUACCACAUACUCUAUGUAUCACUGAUAGAACUCCCUUGUUACUAGGUAAAGCAGAUAUUAAGAGUCCAGAUCCGAUACCCGAAAAAAUACCUGAUAAUAUUAUGGAGGGAGAUGACGAAGAUAAACCAGAAGAUAACAUUCCGAGUAAUAUAUUAAUGCAAUACAAUAAAUCUAUGCCAGAUCCGCCACCUCCAAACCCGCCAAGUUCAGUCAGCAAACAGGAAGAAAACGUAGUUAAGACUAUAAAAGCCAUUGCUAACCAGACCAAAGAGAUGGUGAUCGGCUCGAACAUGCAAAUCACCUCGGAAAUGGCUCAGGAUUCUGUUCAAAUUUCCAUACCAUCGCCCACGCCGUCGCAAGAGAGAUAUUUGAACGACAUCACAAUGCAAGAGCACUCUGAAGCGGCGGAAGGCAAUCAGAAACAUGUAGAAUCCUUCGAAGAUAUGCUCAGCAUUCUCGAGAACAUAAAUGACGAUGGGAAACCAUUCGCUGUGAAACAGCAGCAAAAGUCUCAAAAUGUACCUUCUCAAAAUACUAGUAUGAGCGCUCCGAGUCAGCCAACUCAGCAAAUGAAACCAGAAGCGAAAGACACUCAGGAACAGAUAGCUUUCCCUAAAAGGGAAACUGAAAGGUUAGGGCUACAAUCUGCCACCGUGCCUCAACUAUCGCCUCUAUCUCAACCCGCAGAACUAACUUCCAACAUGGCGAAUGUUUCGCAACAGCUGAGAACUAUAAUGUCCUCUUUGAACACAAGUACUUCAAAGGUUGAAACUCCCACAGUUCAACCACAGAUGAUGAGGAAAACCAGUGACGCUACGACACCUACACAAGUCAACUUUGAGAAUCUCCUUCCGUCUUCGAAAGUAGAGGUGGCGGCGUCCAGGCCGUCUCCUGUGCAACGGAUUGAGAAACCCGUGACUAGCAUUUCUAGUUCAGAAGCUAUGCCUAUGAGCGUGGCUCAGAUGGUGGGCUCUCGAAUCAAUGCGCUAUCAAGUAUGGGGCAGAUGAGAAAAUCACCAACCGUAUCGCCUAUAAACUCGCCUGUUGGCAUGCAAAAUGUUAUGAAGUCGCCGGCGCAGUCGCAUUUGAUAACGAAUCAGCAAACUUAUGCUCAACAGGAAGAAGUUGCCACUUCGAUAGCUUCGCAGAUCAUUCAAAUGCCAGCGCUGUCUAAAAUACACAAUCCAUCGACACCACCUACCAUGCUUCAUACAAGCAACACUAUAACGACAAGUGUUGGAGGAUUCCAAAAAGGCCAGACUCUGCCAACGAGCAUUCUUGGACAUACUUUACUCCAACCCACAAGGCAAAUCAGUGCAAGCAAUUUACCUUUUAAUCCACAAAGUAUAAGCUCCAGUCAGCCGCCAGCUUUGGUCAUGACUUCUAGGCCACUAUUGGGUAACAAGGAACCCGCGCCUAAUGUGACCAUCAGAACUCAAAGUAUAGUGACUCCUGGAAUAAGUCAGAUGCAGAACAAACCUACCGGUAACAUUAAUUUUAUAACUUCGUCAAAAUUAUUGCAUACACAGCUUACGUCUCCUUUGAAACGGUCGAAGUCUACCGAUGAACCAAAGAGCGAAGUUAUCGUGGGUCAUAUACAACCCACAAAGAGACAUAGCGUUGAGGCAGUCACUGUGAAGUCGGAGCCUAUGGAAACAGAUGAUCCUAACACGGCUGCAGCUACCACAGAUGCGGCGGGAAAUAAAACGCCACAGCAAGGUGUCGCCGGUCAAAGAAAUGAUGAAUCUCAAAACGUGUUAUUAAAACAGCUGCUACAGACUUCAACUACCACAGCAACGGUAGUACCUCAACGAACGAUGACCAUACAGAGGACAGCGCCAGCUUUAGGCACCAUUCCAUCUCUGGAAGCUCAGCUAGCGAGGCCGUCUAUACCGCCUCCGACAUUAGCCUUAACACAAGAAGUAGAAAUCCCUAAGAACUCGCCGCGACAGAUCACCUCUGUCAGUUCACCUUUUACGUCCCGACCGAUGCAGACCACCGUGCCAACAUCGUCAAUGUCCCCUCUAAUUCAGACUUCUACUCAAUCUUUGAUGGAUGUGCGUAAACCGCCAAUGAAAGUGAUGCCAAAAGAGGAAACGACCCCUCUUCCAGAGAGUUCACCGACUAUGAAAACUAUGCAAAUGUAUCCUAUGAAUGUGGAGCAGAACCAACAGCUACAGCAUCAAGUUAAAAAGGAAGUUGCUCCACCGCAACAGAGCCCUGUACACAGACCAUUUACGCCUAUGGACGUGAAGAAAGAAUUACUUGACGAAAGCUCACAACAAUCUGCAACGUCAGGCGUAUCAACUGCAUCAGACCAAGGGAAAUUGGAUGUUCCGAUGAAAGAAGAAUUCUCCGAAAAUGCUUCGAUGGAUGUUUCGUCUGAAGUGAAUCCUGCUGAGACUCCUUCUGAAGCCAAGAAGAGGAAACGACGAGAAUAUCAACAGAAAAAACGCAAACAAAUGCAAAUGAAUAUGAAAGCUGCUGCGGAAAACAGUUUGAACGCAGCUAACGCGAAAAAGCGACCUCGAAAGGGAUCAAGAUAUGAGGAAGAUUAUGAUACGUUCAUUGACAAUUUAAUGGCUCAGUUAAGAUUACUACCGGCAAUGCAAAUUCAAGAACCAGCUCUAACUACAAACUUUGCCGUUUGUCCUUUAUUCGGCUCAGGUGACCUAACUAAACUGAAAAACAAAGACUAUGAUAUUUUGAAAGGGGAUUUAACUGGAGAAUUUGGCAACGCUAAAAUACCUCACGUUGCUGAUUACUAUAACACGAAACCGUUUGGUGACGAAGAACCAUUGCCUGAGAAGCCUGUCGCUUCAACGCAAAGAGGAUUCUACGACCAGGAAUUCCAACCUAUCAUGUUUGACGAUGACCCAGAAGAUAAGAAACUCGACUUCAUCUGUAAAGAACGCGACACUGAUACACCGGAUAGCAUUGUCAGCUGCUCCAGUCCUGAAUGUCUUGACAUCGAACCUCAGAAUAGAUUCCCGGGACUUAAGCUCAUCGACGACGAAGAGGAAGAUGAAGACAGUGAUUCGGCUAUGUCUGGGAAGAUGUCGCCAAUCAUUCCGAUCAUUGCUCCUGUGCCUAUCAGGGUGAAGCCUGUGUCCCUAUACAACUUGAAGGAGGAGGAAGACAGUCUUAAGUCACUAAGGUCCGGCGAUACAGACUCGCCUAUGAAAAAGAAUCUCGACUCCCCUGGCAGCACCGAGAGCAAUGAGAAUGUCACAGUUACGCUCACCCUAACAUCCGGAGCGGCGGAAGAUAUAUUAGGAGUACUGAAAGAACUCGCGGGCAUCCUACAUAUUCCUCCACCGACUUCGUAUCAAAUAGUGGAAAGAACUGCUACGCCUCCCUCGCAUAAACUUGGUCUUUACCGGUCUAAAGGCAAAGAUGGCAAAGAAGGCACUCCGAUUGAUAUUCAAAGCAUCCUAAAUGGGGCCGCGAAAUUCUGUCGUCAUUGUGAUGUAGUUAUUUUAGACUCUGUUGUUAGAGCGAAGGCAUCAGAAUUCCCAUUAUUAUCGGCAAAUAAAGGCAACGCUGAAGAGAUUCUUUGCGAUAGUGAUUCAGAGUUGUACUUCUGCAGCACGCAAUGCUACGAAAGAUUCGCGUGGCGACCGACGAACAUCAUCCUUGAUGGGAAAUCGAAAAUUGCAGCUAAAGAUGAUAGUAAAUCUGACGCUGAGACCAGUGUGUCUAAAGAGAGGGACGACUUUGACACUGCCUCCACUGAAAGCAUGGAGACUGACGACCUGGAUAUCAAACCAGACAUUAAAGACGAGAAAAUGGACCUAUCCUUCAUGGACGGACUAGACAACGACGAACUAAUGAAGGAAGUAGGUGAUGACGUUAGCGCGCUUGACGAAGAACUCAAGACUGACGAGCCAGACGAGAAGAGCAACCAACCCGUUGAGAAAGACAAAUUCAAAGGAAUUAGAUAUAAGGCGUGGUCGCCCGGUUGUAUUGGACCUCCGGUUAAAUAUAAACGACCAACAGAUAGGGAGCUAACGGAACUGGUAUUUAGAACAGGUGUGGCUAUAAUGCCUGUGACGAAUGAAGAUAUGAGGAAGUGUGAGCUCUGUGGUAUUCAAGGCGACGGUGUAGCUGACGGCGUUUCGAGGUUGUUGAACUGUGACGUAGACAGAUGGGUGCAUUUGAACUGCGCGUUAUGGUCUGAAGGAGUGUAUGAGACUGUGAGUGGAGCUCUUAUGAACGUAGAGACUGCUCUGGCUACUGGUUCCAAUGCCACGUGUGCCGUGUGUAGGAGGCUGGGUGCCACCGUGAGGUGCUUCAAGGUGCGCUGCGGGAGCGUUUACCAUCUCGGCUGCGCGGUCAAGGAUAGCUGCGUGUUCUACAAGAAUAAGACCGCGUUCUGCGCGUCGCAUGCGCCUAAGAACGAGAAAGAUAACGAGCUGACCACGUUAAGCGUUCAACGCCGCGUAUACGUCUCCCGCGACGAACAGAGACAGGUGGCGUCAGUGAUGCUACAUUCGGACACCAACCACCUGAUCCGCGUGGGCGGGCUCAUCUUCCUGGCUCCAGGACAUUUGCUGCCGCAUCAGCUCGCCGCCUUCCACACACCCAACUACAUCUACCCCAUUGGCUAUAAGAUUGUCCGCUUCUACUGGUCGAUGUCGCGCGCCAACAGCCGCUGCCGCUACCUGUGCUGGAUCUCGGAGGAGGAGGGCCGCCCUCGCUUCCACGUGCGCGCCCAGGACGAGACCAAGCAGGAGAUGAGCGCACCCACGCCGCGCGCCGCAUGGGCCACGGUACUGGAUACAGUGGCUGCGUUACGCGAGGGGCGUGGUGAAGAAGGUGUAUUGAAGCUGUGGAACAAUUACGUCACUGGAGAGGAUCUGUUUGGACUGACGGAGCCUGCCGUCGUCAGAGUGCUCGAGAGCUUGCCAGGCAUAGAGACGCUGACGGACUACCGCUUCAAGUUCGGGCGCUCGGCGCUGCUGGAGGGCGGGCUGGCCGUGAACCCCAGCGGCUGCGCGCGCAGCGAGGCGCGCGGGCGCGGCGCGUGGCGGCGCGCGGCGCGCGCGCAGCCCGGGCUGGCGGCCGCGCCCGCCGCGCCCGACCACGUGGCCUGCCCCUACACCAAGCAGUUCGUGCACACCAAGAGCUCGCAGUACAAGAAGAUGAAGAUGGAGUGGCGCAACAACGUCUACUUGGCCAGAUCGAAGAUCCAGGGCCUGGGCUUGUACGCGGCGCGCGACCUGGAGAAACACACGAUGGUGAUCGAGUACAUCGGCGAGAUCAUCCGAUCGGAGCUAUCCGAGAUCAGGGAGAAGAAGUACGAGGCUAAGAACCGCGGCAUCUACAUGUUCCGGCUGGACGAGCGGCGCGUGGUGGACGCCACGCUGUCGGGCGGGCUGGCGCGGUACAUCAACCACUCGUGCGCGCCCAACUGCGUCGCCGAGACCGUCGAGGUCGACCGCCACCUGCGCAUCAUCAUCUUCGCCAAGCGGCGCAUCGCGCGCGGGGAGGAGUUGGCGUACGACUACAAAUUCGACAUAGAGGACGACGCACACAAGAUAAUGUGCAUGUGCGGCGCGCCCAACUGUAGGAAGUGGAUGAACUAGACGUGAAAACAUUCGCUGAGACGUGAUGAUGUGAUCCAGCCGAUUUCGGCUACGGCGACUUCUCCAACUCCGACGUUCAUGUGCUCGCAUGUGGCUGAGACAUAACCACGGACACGGACGGCUGCCGGCGUGUCUGACAUUUACUAGUGACAUUAACAUUUUUUUUACAAGUGACACGUUUUGAGACAUUUAGCUUUGACUAGGGGCUUAUUGAGUUGGUUUUCACAUAAACCUGAGACGAGUAGAGACAUAAGGAGUCGACCAAUCCCAGCGUACGAGAGAGAGUGAAGAAGACAGUGUCGUUCUGUCCCUCGCGGUGGUUGGUCGAUUCCUACACUCUGCUUCGUUUGAGUGGAAACCAACCCUCGGAUGGCAAAUGUGAGGCGCCAAGGACCAACGGUUUCACAACCACAUUCGUAAAGUUAAAGAGCUGUAGAUGUGUUGCCAAUUACCAAUUCUGCACAAUUUCACAGGACAGGGUUUACCUUCGAUUAGUGUAGAGACGGCUAUGAAUACUAGUUAAUAUGUACCAAAGUGUAAGACCAUGAAUUGAAUGAAUGAAUUUGUUCUGACGUGUGAUCUACCAAUAAGACAAUAUCGAAAGUUUUACUGAUGAUCUUCAAUUUAAUUAUUAAUUCGUAUUCGAGGUGGGUAUUCAUUGAGAGACGUCAACUGAGCUAACAUUAUACUGCCCAAUGUAGCUCAUGCGUAGGGUUGAAGCGAGUGUGUGGAAACCAGUAUUUUUUAAGAAAGAAAAUACAUUUAUUUCCAUAUUGGACGCCACAUUAACAAACUUAAAUAUACUUCAAAAACAAUAAGACAUAAGUAAUUAUA